UGUGGGGGCCUGCUCCGGCGGCCUGGGCUCAGCCUCCGCCUCCCAGUGCGGCUCCUGCACCGGCGGUGAACAACUCAGCGACAGAGAACCCAGACAAAAGAAACACGGCCUUUCUUACACACACCAUUUCCAGAAAGAGCUAAUAUUUUAACACAAGAACUCAAAGCUACCUCUUCCGCAGAGCUGGGCAUACCGGAAAACGUUCCUCGUUCAGACGGCCUUUUGACGCACAGGAGGUUCUAAGUACCAUGCCUACCAAGGCGCUGUAAGAUGACCACCAUAGACAAUCCGGACCGCCUUCUCCCUUCCAACAGCUCACAUCCAGAUGAAUACAAGAUCGCAGCCCUGGUCUUCUACAGCUGUAUCUUCAUCAUUGGAUUCUUUGUUAAUGUCACAGCGUUAUGGGUUUUCAGUUGUACCACCAAGAAGAGAACCACGGUAACCAUCUAUAUGAUGAACGUGGCAUUACUGGACUUAAUAUUCAUUAUGAGUUUACCCUUUCGAAUGUUUUACUACGCAAAAGGUGAAUGGCCAUUUGGAGAGUACUUCUGCCACAUCCUCGGGGCUCUCACGGUGUUUUACCCAAGUAUUGCCCUAUGGCUUCUCGCUUUUAUCAGUGCAGACCGGUACAUGGCCAUCGUGCAGCCGAAAUACGCCAAAGAACUUAAAAACACGUGCAAGGCCGUGCUAGCCUGUGUGGGGGUGUGGAUAAUGACCCUGACCACCACGGUCCCUCUGCUUCUGCUCUAUGAAGACCCAGAUAAAGCCUCCACCCCUGCCACCUGCCUAAAGAUUUCUGACAUCGUCCACCUGAAGGCCGUGAAUGUGCUGAACUUCACUCGGCUGAUAUUUUUUUUCUUGAUCCCUUUGUUCAUCAUGAUUGGGUGCUACCUGGUCAUUAUUCAUAGCCUCCUCCACGGCAGGACCUCUAAGCUGAAACCAAAAGUCAAGGAGAAGUCCAUACGGAUCAUCCUGACGCUCCUGGUGCAGGUGCUCGUGUGCUUCAUGCCUUUCCACAUCUGCUUUGCUUUCCUGAUGCUGGACGGGGGAGAGAACAGUUACAGUCCCUGGGGCGCCUUCACCACCUUCCUCAUGAAUCUCAGCACCUGUCUGGAUGUGAUUCUCUACUACAUCGUCUCGAAACAAUUUCAGGCCCGAGUCAUCAGUGUCAUGUUAUACCGCAAUUACCUCCGGAGCGUGCGCAGAAAAAGCUUCCGGUCCGGUAGUAUACGUUCACUAAGCAACAUAAACAGUGAGAUGUUAUAAAUGCAAGGAAGGUUUUUUAUUUCUUCAGUCUCUUUAAAAUUUGCUAACUAGGGAACCAGCAGUUAGCGUAAUGGCUAUGUCGCUGGACUCCCACGUAGUCGACCGCGGUUCGUGUCCCGGACCCGGUGGCUUAAA